UCCCCUGCUGAUGGGUUAUCUGAGGUCACUGAGAUGGGGAAGAUCAGUGCGGUUACAGCACCACUGAUGCCUUUAAUAAGCUAGAUAAGGUCCCAGGUAGUCACUUGGAGUGUCCUGGCAGAGAUAUCUCGCUCUGAGCUUCCAGGUCUGAGAGGAGAUCCACGUGUCCCCUCUUUGGCAGAAAGGGCAGGUCAGGUCUGGUGGUCGCACGUGUUGGAUUUGGUGGUCAAUGUUGGGUUCUGUGCCAGUCCUGCACACUUGGGGAGGACCCUCAGCUAUCCCAUCGCUUCCUUGGAAACUCUUGCAUGCUACCUGAGAAGCACUCUGCUUCAGACUGUUGUGCAGGGGACAUGAUCUUCCCAGGACUGUUACUGAAUACUGACAGAAUCACAGAAUGGUUCGGGUUGGAAGGGACCUUCAAGAUCAUCUAGUUCCAACCCCCUGCCCUGGGCAGGGACACCUCCCACCAGACCAGGUUGCUCCAAGCCCCAUCCAGCCUGGCCUUGAACACCUCCAGGGAUGGGGCAGCCACAGCUUCUCUGGGCAACCUGGGCCAGUGUCUCACCGCCCUCACAGCCAAGAAUUUCUUCCUGAUAUCCAAUCUAAAUCUCCCCUCCUUCAGUUUGAAGCCAUUACCCCGUGCCCUAUCAUUACACUCCCUGAUCCAGAGUCCCUCCUCAUCCUUCCUGUAGCCCCCCUUCAGGGACUGGAAGGGGCUCGAAGGUCUCCCCGGAGCCUUCUCUUCUCCAGGCUGAACCCCCCCAACUCUCUCAGCCUGUCCUCACAGCAGAGGGGCUCCAGUCCUCCAAUCAUCUCCAUGGCCUCCUCUGGCCCCGCUCCGACAGACAGGUCCAUGUCCUUCUUGUGCUGAGGGCUCCAGAGCUGGACACAGUACUCCAGGUGGGAUCUCACCAGAGCGGAGUAGAGGGGGAGAAUCCCCUCUCUGGAUCUGCUGGCCACGUUUCUUUUGAUGCAGCCCAGGAUGCAGUUGGCUUUCUGGGCUGCAAGCGCGCCUUGCCUGCUCAUGUUGAGCUUCUCGUCCACCAGCACCCCCAAGCCCUUCUCCUCAGGGCUGCUCUCAAGCCAUUCUCUGCCCAACCAUACUUGGGAGAGGAUUGUGCCGAGUCCUAAGUAAGGAGUUUUCAAAUGUCCAAUAGAGCAGUCAUAUCUGCUGUACUGUGCAGGAUAUGAACACGCUGCCUCCUCUUUGUUUGGCCAAGUCGUGUUCAGCAUACUCUCCUCACUGCCAGGUAUGUGGCUGGAAAAGAUGAAGAUUUCAAGCAGACCGGUGACUGGAGCCCAGUGACUGAACUGUGCAUUAGAUGGUCCUGGAAUAAGAAAGGUGAUGACUUGUGGUGGAUCAUUUCAGCAUCUGCCAGAAACAAUAAGGUAUUUUUCUUCUGUUGGAGAAAGUGAGAAGAGACUUCACCAGAGGUAAAGUGCACAUUCAGUUGGCAGCUUAACUCCCUGUGAAGCUCAGCAGAAAGCCCAGAUGAAUCUGAACGCCUGGGGCAAGCAGAAGUAGCGUUUCUUACCCUGCUGCAGCUAGGCAGCUCUAAUUUCCUCAGGUUGAGUUUGACUUCAGAGCAACCUACGGAGCUGGAAAGCGUCAUUCUCUCCUGUUCUGAGGGCUGCCCUCUGCAUCUUCAUCAGCUGGUGGUUGAAAGCCACUGUAAAGCAUUCAUUGUCAGGGAAACAGGAUUCCAGUGAUGGGCAAGGACAUUCCUUGCUUUCCCACUCAGACUGGUUGUCAGCAUCACCUCCUUGGGUCCAGCCUCAGCUCUAACUCCAUCAGCUUUUCCAGUUUUUUAUAAAUACAUCGGAAGUCAGCACUCACCUGCUCUGUAUCGCCUUGUCACAGAGCUCUGCCGCAUCAGGUUUAAAAUAAACAAAAGGAAAAUGCUUUUAAAAACUUAAUGUAUGUAUGGCUACUGGAAUUUUUGGUGGCCCAAAGUAUAAACUGUUUCGAAGGAGGAUCAGGCAGACUCAUAGAGGGUUUGCCUAGCACAAACUCUUCACAGUGACACUCUCAGUGCAACUCAAGCCAAGCAGUUCUUCGGCAGCUGAUUGCUACUUGAUCGGAGGACGUGCUGAAGAGGAACGUCCUGUUAGUUAUGUUUUUUAUACUCUCUCCCCAGGUAUCCAUUCUUGGUGUGAAUAGGAGCAGGAUAUUCGAAUACAUGGUCCUUCUCUUUGACUGCAGCGUCCGUAGCUUUGUGUAUCCUAAGAGGUUUUGGGUUGUGUGAGCUGUUCCGCUGGGGGAAUCUGGACAGAGCUGAUGAAACUGGACAGGACCUUGAACGUACGGGGCAAGCGCUGUGCUUCCAACCAGAACGUAGAAUGCCUACUUACAGCCUGUUUUGGGGACGUAAUGCUACUUCAGGUCUUAUCCUGCCUCACCACUUGUAGACUCCAGCUUCUUCUCCCUUUCCUUCUUCAGUUGCCAUCUUCUAAAUGGACUCCAGUGAAUUUUCGGGAUCUUUGGACCCCCUGUCCUUGCCUGACAAACCACUUAUUGGUGAUCUCCCUGCUGACAUGGAGUUUGGGGAAGAUCUCCUGGGCUCACAAACAGCUUCUACCCAGGAAGUUUCAGUUCUUCAGCCCCCUGACUGGGAUCAAUCCAAGCAGAUGACUGCACAUGCGAACUUGGACCUUCUAGUGAAAGCAGACAGCCUGUCUGAACUAAACAAACCAAACGACCUUGUUCUUGAUAAACCUAGUGUCUUGGAUAUGCUGCAGAAACCUAAUGUCUUAGAUGACUUGGAUAAAACUGCUGACUUGAUGGAGCUAGAUAAAUCAGAGGGUCUGGAUGGUCUGUAUAAGGCGCAUCCUUCCCAGGGUGUGGAUGAUGGACUGGCGAACUCCUCUGCCCUCUCUAGAGAAGCUCUUGUUCCAGAAACAUGGAAAGAAGGGGAAGAUGUAUCAAAAAAUGAUUCUGGGGACCUAAAGGAAGAUGGUGAUGCUGCUAUUCCUGCACUAUCUGAUGACAACACCCCUGAAUCGCCCCAACAGCCCCUUCCUGACCCUGAGGACCUCAGCAGUGCCCCAGACACAGAAGAAAUCACAGCACAAUCCUCAAGUCCGCCAAUGCCCCCCCCCCAGCUCAAUCUUAAACAGACAAGGAAGACAAGGUUGAAGGCACCAAGGAAAAGCUCACCCAUGCAGAGGGAAGGGCUGGCAGGGGAAGCUGAGGUGGAACUGAGCCCAGACAACAGUAUUGCAGCUUUGCCCCCUGGGCCCACAGAGGAAAACCAGGCAGAUGAAGGGGAUGAUAGUGGGAACAACUUGCUUAAAGAAAGUAGUGUACUGAAAGCACAGGAAGCCUCGCCACCAGCAGGAGAAGGCCUGUCUGGGAAGGGGAGCGAGCUGCCAGCUGAGAAGGAGCAGAAAAGAAGUGAACGAGCCAGAAGAUCAGAAACUGCCAGGCCUGAAACUGUGAACUCCUCUGAGAGCAUUCCAGUCUCUGACGAAGACUCUGAUGCAAUGGUGGAUGAUCCCAACGACGAGGAUUUUGUUCCUUUUCGUACCCGACGCUCAACUCGCAUGUCUUUACGCACUCAGAUGGCUCAGCGAGCUGCCCGCUCUACUGUCACCAAGAUGACUUGUGCCAACUGCCGGACCCCACUGCAGAAGGGCCAAACUGCCUACCAGCGUAAAGGGCUCCCUCAACUCUUCUGCUCCAGCUCCUGUCUCACCACCUUCUCAAAAAAACCACCUGGCAAGAAGAUAUGCACCUUCUGUAAAAAGGAGAUCUGGAACACCAAGGACUCUGUGGUCGCCCAGAUCGGUUCGGGCGGCUCUUUCCAUGAGUUCUGCACCUCUGUCUGCCUCUCCCUCUAUGAGGCCCAGCAGCACAGACCAGCACCUCAGUCUGCAGAUGCCUCGGACACCAGCCGCUGCAGCGUCUGUCACAAACCUGGCGAGAUCCAGCAUGAGGUCAGCAAUGGGAACGUGGUUCACCGCAUCUGCAGCGACGCCUGCUUCACCAAGUUCCGGGCCACCAAGGGGCUGAAAACCAACUGCUGUGACAACUGCGGACUUUACAUCUACAACAAGGGCUUGCCCCUGGAGUACCUCUUCCACGAAGGCCAGCAAAAACGCUUCUGCAACUCUGCCUGUCUCAACAGUUACAAGAAGAAGAACACUCGGGUCUACCCAUGCAUGUGGUGCAAGACGCUGUGCAAGAACUUCGACAUGCUGCCUAACGUGGAUCGGAGUGGCAAGAUGGGCCUAUUCUGCUCCAUUUGCUGCACUACCUCCCACAAAGUGAAGCAGUCAGGCUUGGUUGGUCCCCCUAGACCCUGCAGCUUCUGCAGAAAGAGUUUAUCUGAACCCAGCUAUUACAACAAGACAGACCGGGUUGUCUACCAGUUCUGCAGCCCCAGCUGCUGGACCAAAUUCCAGCGCACCAGCCCAGAAGGUGGGAUCCACCUCAACUGCCAUUACUGCCACAAUCUUUUCAGUGGGAAGCCGGAGAUCCUAGAUUGGCAGGACAAAGUGUAUCAGUUCUGCUGCAAGGACUGCUGCGAGGACUUCAAGCGGCUGCGUGGGGUGGUGUCUCAGUGUGAGCACUGCAAGCAGGAGAAGCUGCUGCAUGAGAAGAUCCGCUUCUCUGGAGUGGAGAAGAACUUCUGCAGCGAAGGGUGUGUGCUUCUUUACAAACAGGAUUUCACCAAGAACCUGGGCCUGUGCUGCAUCACCUGCACCUACUGUUCUCAGACCUGCCAGCGGGCGGUCACCGAGCAGCUGGAGGGCAGCACCUGGGACUUCUGUAGUGAAGACUGCAAAAGCAAAUACUUGCUCUGGUACUUCAAGGCAGCUCGGUGCCAUGCCUGCAAGCGUCAGGGGAAGCUGCUGGAAACCAUCCACUGGCGGGGGCAAAUCAAACACUUCUGCAACCAGCAGUGUCUGCUGCGAUUUUACAAUCAACAGAACCAGCCCAACCUGGACACGCAGAAGGGGCCCGAGAGCCUGCUGAACAGUCAGACUUCAGAGCCAAAACCACCUGCCCCUUCCCCACAGAAGGCAGAGGCUAACAUGCUGUCAGCAAAGACCUCCUCAGCCCAGAUGUCUCCAGCUGCGCCACCUCCCCCGCCCCCUCCGGUUCCAGCCACUCCUCGGAAGAAUAAAGCUGCCAUGUGUAAACCACUGAUGCAGAACCGAGGUGUUUCCUGCAAGAUAGAAAUGAAGUCCAAAGGAUGUCAGACAGAGGCUGACUGGAAGCCCCAGGUGAUUGUGUUGCCAAUCCCCGUCCCGAUCUUCGUGCCUGUGCCUAUGCAUAUGUACUGCCAGAAAGUACCUGUGCCUUUCUCCAUGCCUGUCCCGGUGCCUGUGCCAAUGUUCCUGCCAACCACGCUGGAGAGCACAGAUAAGAUUGUGGAGACCAUUGAAGAGCUGAAGGUGAAGAUCCCCUCCAAUCCCCUGGAGGCUGACAUCCUGGCCAUGGCUGAGAUGAUUGCAGAGGCUGAGGAACUGGACAAGGCCUCCUCGGACCUGUGUGACCUGGUGAGUAACCAGAGUGCAGAGGGUCUCCUGGAGGACUGUGAUCUGUUUGGACCGGCACGGGAUGAUGUGUUGGCUAUGGCUGUCAAGAUGGCAAAUGUCCUCGAUGAGCCGGGCCAGGACCUGGAGGCUGACUUCCCUAAGAACCCUCUAGACAUUAACCCCAGUGUGGACUUCCUCUUUGACUGUGGGCUGGUGGGACCAGAUGAUGUGUCCACAGAGCAAGAUCUGCCUCGUGCUGUCCGAAAGGGGCAGAAGCGCCUGGUGCUCUCUGAAAGCUGUUCCCGGGACUCAAUGAGCAGCCAGCCCAGCUGCACCGUGCUGAACUACUCAUACGGUGUGAAUGCCUGGAAGUCCUGGGUGCAAGCCAAGUAUGCAGGGGGAGAGACCAGCAAAGGAGAGGAGCUACGCUUUGGCCCCAAGCCCAUGAGGAUCAAGGAAGACAUCUUGGCCUGCACGGCAGCGGAGCUCAACUAUGGCCUGGCCCAAUUUGUCAAGGAGAUAACACGGCCCAAUGGGGAGCGCUACGAACCCGACAGCAUCUAUUACCUCUGCCUUGGCAUCCAGCAGUACCUGCUCGAGAACAAUCGUAUGGUGAAUAUAUUUACAGACCUUUACUACCUGACCUUCGUGCAGGAGCUGAACAAGUCCCUGAGCGGCUGGCAACCCACAAUCUUACCAAAUAACACAGUUUUCUCACGUGUCGAGGAGGAGCACCUCUGGGAGUGCAAGCAGCUGGGCGUUUACUCACCCUUUGUGCUCCUCAACACCCUCAUGUUCUUCAACACCAAAUUCUUCGGGCUGCAGACAGCAGAGGAGCACAUGCAGCUCUCCUUCACCAAUGUGGUGCGCCAGUCCCGCAAGUGCACCACGGCCCGUGGCGUGACAAAGGUGGUGAGCAUCCGCUACUAUGCUCCUGCCAAGCAGAAGAAAGGCCGAGAUGGUGGCUCUGGAAAGCGGAAGCGUGAGGAGGAGGUACCAAUGCUGGAGCAGCGGGAGAACAGGAUGAACCCGCUCCGAUGCCCAGUCAAGUUCUAUGAGUUUUAUCUCUCCAAAUGUCCUGAGAGUCUGCGGAACCGCAAUGAUGUCUUCUACCUGCAGCCUGAACGGUCAUGUAUUGCUGAGUCCCCGCUCUGGUACUCGGUCAUCCCCAUGGACCGGAGCAUGCUGGAGAGCAUGCUGAACCGCAUCCUGGCCGUGAGGGAGAUCUACGAGGAGCACAGUCGGCUCAGCAGCCUGGAGGAUGACAUGGACUAAGAGUGAGGUGCUGCUGGGCUGGCUGUGCUCCAGCCCUGGACGCCUUGUCACCCUGCGUCCCGCUGCAGGGCAGGGACUGUGCAGUGCGGGAGGGGACAGUGCUGCAGCAGUGCUGUCCCUUCAUCGUUACCGGACUUGGACAUCCCAUCCUGCUCGUCACAGGCCUCUCCUAUGUACGUGGCCCCCGCGCUCAGCCCUGCCUCCUGUCCCAGCUGCUGGGUGAGCCGUCUUCCUCGGGGCCAGUCCCCGCAGCACACGGGUGGCGGAGCCCCCAGGGCAGCUUCCCUUGCCCAGCCCUGUCCCCCCCAUGCCCCCCAGCCCUGACAGUGCCCCCUUCUCACCCGGCCCCGGGGCAGGAACUGCACAAUACGGCAGAGCGCCAUCUGGGACCAGCAGCCCUGAGGCUUUUAAUUCCCCCUUCCUUUAGCAUCCCCUUGUGAGGCUGCGGGUGGCACGGCAGGAAGGGUAGCUCUGCUGCUGCCUACAGCAGGAUCGUGUUUUCAAACCAGUGGGGAAGGACCACUGGCAGCCCGAGAGCUGUUGGGUCAGGAGGAGGGCUUGGUCGUAGGGGUGGGAGAGGUUUGGGCAGGGAGUGGAUGGAGCCGGCACUGGAACAUGAGGGCAGAGACCUGGUCUGGCUGUGGGGACACCUCCCUCAUAUGCAGCCAGGCUGCCUCCUUCAAUUUUGUCAAUGUUUUCUGAGUCGGCGGAAAACUGAUUGAGACAGGUCUGUGCCAGCGCUGUCCCUCUCUCCCUGCUGUCCCCCGUUCUGGUGUAGCUGCCAGGUGCCAGGGUUGGGUCCCUCUGCACCAGGUGAGGGCUUGGGCAGCCGCUGGCAGCAGUGAGGAGCUCUGCCUGGCCUCUCCGUCCCUUCCAAAGCCACGGGGUGCCAGUAUCCUGCCUGGGUUGAGCCUGGCUCCGACUGCGCCACUGCCUCCUGCCCCUCCUUGUGUUCUGGUCAGUUUUCUUGAGCUGUACAUGGGUCUCCUGUUGAGCCUGUAUAUAUUGUUCUGGGCCCUGGCCCGGGGCCCUCUGUUCUCUGUGUCCAUGUGGAGAGUGAGCCGCUCACCAGUCUUGUUGUAGUGAUGCCAGGGCGGUAGGACUAACCCUGUGUCUCUGGGAACCAUUCAUUUCAAAUAAAG